AUGCCACAUGUUUCGCAGCUAAAAAUGGUAUCAAAGUAACAGUGGAAAAUGCAAAGUGUGUGCAAGCAAAUGCUUUUACUCAGGGACUUUAACUGCACUUCGGAUGUGUUACCAAGGUUAUGGUUACCCUUUGAGGCUGUUUCUGGAAGAAGGAGGAGUGGUAACAGUCUGCAAAAUCAAUACGCAGGAACCUGAGGAGACCUUGGAUUCUGAUUUCUGCAGCACCAAUGUUAUUAAUAAUAAAAUUAUUCUGCAGUCAGAGGGGCUCCAUGAAGCAUUUUCUGAAUUGGAUUUUUCUAAUUUUUAUUCCUUUCAGGAUAUGACGAGUGAAGUCCUACAAAUUACAAUGUCUCCUGACAAGCCUUAUUUCAGGUUAUCUACUUUUGGAAAUGCAGGAAGUUCCCACCUUGACUAUCCCAAAGAUUCUGAUUUGAUGGAAGCAUUUCAUUGUAAUCAAACCCAAGUCAACAGAUACAAGAUUUCUUUACUGAAACCCUCUACAAAGGCAUUAGUCCUAUCUUGUAAGGUAUCUAUUCGGACAGAUAACAGAGACUUCCUUUCAUUACAGUAUAUGAUUAGAAAUGAAGAUGGACAAAUAUGCUUUGUGGAAUAUUACUGCUGCCCUGAUGAAGAAGUUCCUGAGUCUGAGUCUUGAGUAUGACAAUUCACUGAUAUUUAUGUGUACAUUUAUGACAGAUGAAGUUCUUAUUCUGAGUCCAGUACUCUUUAUAAUUUCAUGUUGAAUUUUCUGUAAGGAGGAAGAACAAUGGGG